GGCAGCCCUCCGGGCGGUAGAGGAGGGUAUGGAGCAGAGGCUGAAGGAGGCGGAGGCAAAGGGUAAAACCACUGCCGAGGAAGCUGCGAGUGCUGCCGCCAAGCUCGCCGCCGAAGCUGCCGAGGUGGCAAAGAAGGAGGCUAUUGCCGAGGCUGGGAAGGCUGCAGUGGAUUCCUUCGUCACCGAGGGCUGGAAGGCCGAGGGCCGGAAGCAAUGGCUAGCCUCGGUCAUUGAGCAAUCUGUGGACGGUUGGGUGGCGGGCCCCGGGGCUGAAUGGUUGGCCCGGAAGGGUAAAGACUACUACGAUGGCGGAGAGUUCUUUACUCAACGCCUCGUGUACCGAAGGCUGGCCCGCCAUCUGAAGAUCGAGGCGAAAGAGUUUGACCCCGCAUCCUACGGCCUACCCCCUCUGCAGCCGGAUGUCAGGGUACCCCUCCCCCCGGACGAAGAGAGGCCAGACCUCGAGGAUUCUGAGCUGCUAAUGGAGGCCGGAGAUGCCGAGGAGGAGGCUGGGGACGAUGCUACCUCCAAGCUGAAAGAGAUUGUUGCCGAGGAUGUCCGAAGUUAGGAGUUCUCCCAAAUCAAAAUCUGUAAUAGUUCGUAGUUUCUCGGCCUCGGC